CAUAUUAAAUUUGACUUUUUUGAGCUCUUCUGAAGGAGAAACCCUGUAUUGUGUUCUUAUCAACUCCUCCGUCAGAGCAUAACCACUUCGGAUUUAUAAGACCCACGUGAUAUUCCUAGCUACACCGCUGCGAUCUUCAGAUUUUCAUGGUCAAUGCGUUUUUUAAUAUCUCUUUCUUUUCCACAUGCCUGGGAGCACGAAUUCGCAUGAGCAAUUAAUUUAUUUGUCUGUAGAUUGCUGUUUUGCUUUCGCAGCCAAACCGUAUUAAACUUUCUAAUUAAGCUGUUGCACUUGGGCCGAUAUAACCGAUGCUUUUUAGGCGCCGCCAGCGCCCGGCUGCACUCAGUCAUCGUUGCGAUCCGCGAUGAGGCAGAAGCCCAAGCCCACAUUUAUAAAGCGAUAGGCAAGCCGAGUGGUUCGAGCAGCAGAGUCCGGAAAGAUGUUCAUGCAGUCGGCAGUCAGUCAAGGACAACGAGACACUCGAACGCGACUGGAUCCAGGCUCAACUGAAGGCAGACGGUGGAUUAUGGGCCUGAUCCUGGGCUACACAAUUAUGUCUCUCAUGGUAGUCAAGGUCGCCUCAGCAGCAGCUCUUUAUCAGCAGCAACAUCUGCAGCAGCAGCAUCUACUGCAUCAGCAGCAAUCGCCCAACGACAUUGAGUCCUCGGCAGACGAGCCCACGACCACGGAGCCUGAGCAAUCAGACAGCGACAGCGACAUCGACAAGAUGCGGGCCAAGUUGCAGCAACUGCAGCACGAGCAGCAGCAACAGUAUCUGCGCCAGCAGCAACACCAGUUGCAGCUGCAUCUGCAGCAGAUGCAGGCCACGCAGGGGGCUGCUGGGGAAACCGCCUACUUAUUGGAGCGUGCCGACAGCAACAUUGCACCCAUCUACGGGACGUGGCGCACGAAAGCGCAACGGCAGCAACACCAGCAACACCAGCAACUCCAGCAACAGCAGCAACAGCAGCAACACGCAACAUCAUCGCACGAAACUGACGACACCCAUGUGUAUGAGCGUCUGCCCAAGCGAUCGGCGACCAUGACGCCUCUGAGGGGGCUGCUGCGUGACCAGAUGCCACGCCCCCCGCGCCUCACCACCCAGGACAUGCAGUUGUCCUUGGGCUCGCCCACGCCCCCACCGGCGCCCACAAAGGCGCUGCUGAGACGUCAGUACUCGGAGACCCCGGGAUCGCGAGCUCUGCGCAACCAGGAGGAGGGGUACAAGCCCAAGCCCUUUCACUUUCCCUACGAAGGCCCCCUGCCCGAGCAGUUCAGCAAGGGCGAAGCUCGUCCGGAGCUGAACAACAUCCAGGAUAUACUGCAGCACCUGCACAUUGGCGGUGUGGCGCCCAGCAAUCUGCCACCCAUGGUGAUGAUGCCCACGGGUCUACACAUUGCCGGUAGCUUCAAGAACCUCAAGUCCAGUGGGAUUGGCAACUUCUUCCGGGGCAAGCGCAACAAGAAGCAGUUGCAGUUCAGCAUCCCCAUGCCCAUGUUCCCCAUGACCAUGCCCAUGCCCAUGUCCAUGCCCAUGCCCAUGCAGUGGUAUGCUCCGGGUGUGCUGCCCCACCAAAGGGUGGCCAUCGAUCAGUUGUACCCCUAUAAGCCCCGUUCGCCGCAGGAUGUCAAUCUGCUGGCCAUGCAGCCGCUGGGCAACGGGAAGCCCCUGUCCAAAAAGAAGAAAAAGAAGCAGCAACAGCAACUGCAACAGCAGCAGCAGCAACAGUUGCAGGAGCACGGAAGUCAUCAGCACUUUGUGGCAGACCCCUUCGUGCAGCACUUUCCCCAAUCGUUGCUAUCGCUGAAUGCCACCAGGCAGCCGCAGCUUAAGCGGGUGCCCUUCAAGGUCAAUCUGGACAUAUAUCCGGUGCUGCCGCCAUCGCGACCCGCGUCCGUGAUGCGACACCCCUUCCAGCAGGAGUACGCCCUGCCCUCGGCGGCUGCCUUGACGGGCACCACGGCGAGCGGUUUGCACAUGGGCCAAGGUCAUGGCCAAUACCAGACGCCCUUCAAGUUCCCCACCCAACAACCCGUGCUCUUUCCCGAUCAGGCCACCCGAUAUAGUCAGCAACAGGCUUUGUACCAGGCGCAGGCCCACAAGUUUCCGCCGCCCAAGAGCGUGCAUGCUGAUGAGGCCAUUUACGGCCAGAGUCUGGGACAGGGUCAAGGUCAGGGUCAAGGGCAGGGUCAAGGUCAAGGGCAGGGUCCGGUUGAGAGCCAAGCGAACCCCAUUAUGCUGCACUUGAACGUAUUUCCCAAGCAGAAACCCACUGCCACGAUUCGCAGCUCCACCAAUCCGUUUUACAACCACAACAUGCAGCGCCAGACGAUGAACUCGAAUGACUUGCCACCUCCCAAUCCGCCAAGUCCAAUAGAACCGAGACAGGCGGUCAACGGCAACGUUACUCACCUGCAGCAACAGCAGCAACAUCUGCAACAACUUCAUCCAUCGCUCAAUCAAACCCAGCAGCAACAUCAACCGACACAACAGCAACAUCUGCAAUCGCUGGCCGGCAAUCGUUCGAGUACCAUUUCCCGCAGCGAUCACCUGCCGCUGAUUGACUUUGAGCAUCCCAUAGUGGCGGCCGAACUGCCGGAUCCAGUCGCUUUAACCCACAUUCGGCAGGAUCAUCGAUACAGGAAGACGCCCGUGGACGACCACUUUCGCUACCAGAAGAGCGCCAACAUCGAGCAGAUGGCGGCCGAGGCCCAGACUGCCUCGCUCUUCCGCUUUCCCGUCGAGGACCUGAUUCAGUUCCAGGUGGACGAUGCUCUCUAACCACGAGUUACGCUAGUUUUAAUUAGACUUAGAUAGGUGUAGCAACAUCACUCCAUAUAGCAACCAUUUGUUUGC